AUGUCUUCUGGAGGUCUUCUUCUCCUGCUGGGACUCCUCACCCUCUGGGCAGAGCUGACCCCCAUCUCCAGCCAGGGCCGGCUAGAGUUGUGUUAUCUUCCUGCUGACAGCGGACCAUGUCUAGCUUAUAUGCCUCACUUCUACUACAACUCGACUUUCAAUGACUGCCAGGAGUUUAUUUACGGUGGAUGCCGGGGCAAUGCUAACAGGUUUAGGACCAGAGAUCAAUGCCGCUACGCCUGUGUUGAAAAACCAGGGAUGUGUCCCCCGGGGCGCCCAAAACGUCCUUGUCAUGAGAAGUGUCGAAACGACUGGGGCUGUCCCGGGGCGCAGAAGUGUUGCCGUUACGGUUGCGCGACUGAGUGCAAGGAUGUUCUCUAUGUGACGCAUGUGCAGAAAGCUCAAAGCCAGCAGCCCGAGUGUGAGGCAGAGGGAUUCAGCAUGUCUUCUGGAGGUCUUCUUCUCCUGCUGGGACUGCUCACCCUCUGGGCAGAGCUGACCCCCGUCUCCAGCCAGAAACGGCCAGAUUUUUGUCAUCUUCCUCCUGUCCAAGGACCAUGUACAGCCAUAAUACGUCGCUUCUACUACAACCCGGCUUCAAAUAAAUGCCUGUUUUUUUUUUACGGUGGAUGCAAGGGCAAUGCCAACAAUUUUAAGACCAAAGAUGAAUGCCAAAAGACCUGUAUUGGUAAGUAG